GACAACAGACUUAACGCCUCACGCACACCGACCGGGAGGAUGUAGUUUACAUUUCUCCACACACGGUGGUGGACGGCGGACAACUUCAAGCUGCUAGACAUACACACACACUCACACACACCUGUGUGUCAGGCUUCUCUCAGGUGGAGCCGCUGACACACUCGCCCCGCGGCUGUAAGAUGUUAACUGACAUGAUUUUGGAGGAAGAGUUUGACAAGAAUGGAGAGGCUUGGUACGACCCGCAGGACCUUGAACACGAUCUCCAUUUGGCAGCAGAGCUUGGGAAAACCCUCCUCGACAGGAACCAUGAGCUGGAGCAGGCCCUGCAGCAGAUGUACUCCACCAACCAGGAACAGCUGCAAGAGAUAGAGUACCUGACCAAGCAGGUGGACCUGUUGCGUCAGAUGAACGACCAGCAAGCCAAAGUGUAUGAGCAGCUAGAUGUGGCCGCCAGGGAUCUGGAGCAAGGCAACCAGAGACUAGUUCAGGACAGCCGCCUGGCCCAGCAGAAGAUCCACAGUCUAACAGAGACCAUUGAAGGGCUUCAGACUUACAUGGAGGACCUGCAGACUCAAGUGGAGGAGCUAAAGACUGCCCAGGCAGAGCGAAACAAAAGAGAGCUGGCAGAACAACGCCGCAACCUCGGAGCACAGAGUGUGUCCUGUAUCAAAGAGCUGUAUGACUUACACCAUGACAGGAAUCUAGCCCACAACGGUCUGCGUGUGGAUGGACUCUGGUCACCGCAGUGCUCUUUCUAUGACCGAGACAGACGCCAAGACCCGGAGGAGGAGAACGUGGCUCUCCAGCGCUCCGUCCGGACCCUUGAGAGCCAGAUAGCUGUGGAGCGGAGCCGCAGGGAGGCUGCAGAGCGUGAGAUUGAGUUGACAUCCAGGGAGAACAUAGACCUGGAGCAGCAGCUGGCCGUGCUGGCUGGCUGCCGAGUCAGGCAGAGGGAGCUGGAGGACGAAGUGGAGCAGCUGCGGCUUCUGUGGCGUGCUGACUGCGCCAACAGUGUCAGAGGACUGGAUCAGCUGCAGUUGCCUGAAACAGUAUUAUUUGCCUCAGAAGAAAGACCGGGGCAGGAUGAGAUGGAGGAGAAGGUAGGAAAGGAUGAGGAGCAGAGAAGAUACAUCUGGCAGAGGUGUAACAGUGACAGCAUUUUGAGAGCGACGGACCCAGAUGAGAUUCGGCGUGGUCACGAGCAGUUGUGCAUAAGGCGAACGGAAGCGGUGAAACAGAGGGGCAUCUCUCUGCUCAACGAGGUGGACGCACAGUACAGCGCACUGCAGGUGAAAUAUGAUGAGCUGCUGCGGCGGUGCCAGCAGGCAGACGGGCCCAGCCAUAAAGACGUCCAGACAUCCAACAGUCCCUUUGGGUGCAGCCGGAACCGCCGCCGGUCCUCAGCCGCUCUGUCUAAUCUGACAGUGGGUCUUGAAGACAGCCAGCAGCCCGAAUACAAGGCUCUCUUCAAGGAGAUCUUCACCUGCAUCCAAAAGACCAAAGAGGACCUCAGCAACAACAGAAGUCCAGUCAAGGACAGUGAUGCCCAGGGCUCUGCCAGAUGACUGUAUUAUUCAUAAUCCUGGGAUUUGCACUUGUUUGUGUCCAUCAAAGUUUUUGACACAGGAGAAACUUGGAGGUUGCUUUGCUACAAAAAUAUCUAGAGGUUGCAAUUGCAAUAUCUUUAACAUGCUGCAAUCCUUUUAUUUUAUUUUAUAUUAUAAUUAUAUCAUUUUAACACACCUAUUUAACACACCUAUGCUUUUUUUAGUCAGAACUGUUACUAUUACAACCUUAUCAAAAAUGUGUUAUAAUACAUGUUACAUAAAGCAGCUGUGUGAUUUGAAGUAAGAAUGCAUUCCAAAGUUGAACAACAAAUUUGUAAAAAAUAAAUAAACAACAAAAAAACAGAAAACUAUAGAUGAUAAAGAAUUAUUGUACAGGGAGAUAUGUAUAGUUAGAAUAAUAUAUACUAUCAGAUCCUCAGCUAAUAAAAAGUGAAAAAUUGUACGAAGUACAAUUCCACUGAAAUGUAAUCCCCAGUACAUUUCAUUAUGUCCACCUCCAACAGUAAUCAGUGUUUGUGUAAUGUUAAUUCUUUGACCACUUAAUCAAUUGGUGCUUGGUAGGGAAAUGCACACAUGGAAUAUUGUUUGUGUGUUUAUAUAAGUUGUUAUAGCUUUUAUGCAUGACUUAUGCAAACCGGAUUGUUGUAAUGUUGUAAUAGGAUGAAAAACUGUAGCUAUGCAAUAACUAAAGUCUCAGGAGUUUACGAUAAUUAGCUUAACAGCUCAUGUGAGUUGGUUUUGUAGGUUGGCAAUUCACCAAUUGAGGGUCGUUGGUGUGUCACCAGAGAAAUAUCAGUGGACACUGGAAAACUUGUUACUCGUCUGUGCUUUCUGUUUUCAUGUCUGCACAGCUUCUGACAACUGUCUCUAUGCCAGUAGGACACACAACAGCUCUGCACUUUUUAUGACUGAAUCGCAUUUUACUUUUUAUUUAUUUAAAAAAAAAAAAAAGGUUUAGUGAAGAUUAAAUUAUAUUUAUUUUCUUUGUUGUUAAAUUUGCUGAGCAGAUUGGUCAGAUGAGAUUGACUGGAAGUGAAAGUAAUUUUACACUGAGGUGCUUAUUUUGUGGAUGUAAAUACUUUGUCUGACACAGGUGAUUGAAAAAAAAUGUAAAUGUUCCUUCAUUUAUAAACAAUAUACUUCUUUGCUUAAAAUUGUCAGAAUAUUUCUUCUGACUUGGACAUUUCAUGCUAUUAAUAUAGAACUGAAUUGUGUUGAUCAGGUUACCAUAAACAAUGGAAAGACUUCAAUAAAAAGUUACAUUUUUAGGUUUGAGUUAUGAGGUUGUCAAUUUACUUUCACUUUCCAUGUGAUGUGAUGCUCAUGUGAAAGAAGAUGCUUAAUGGACAAUGCUGAUGUACUUAAAUACAAUAUAAAUUAGUAUGGCAUUUAGCAAUAUGCUGUUUUGAAGCUGUGAAACUCUUCCAAGUAUUAAAAACAUUGAUGCAA